GCAGCCAUGUUCAACGUUUUGUUUACGUGAAUUUUAGCUUCAUUUUGCGUUAUUUAUCGAUAGUUUAAUGAAUGAAAAUUUUGUUAAACUUUCACUCGACCCCAAUAUCUAUCGUGUAGUGGCAAAGUUGUAGCAAAGUGUAAAAGUUCCGUGCUCCAAAUCGAAUGCUGAAAAUUUACCCCACCCCUUGAGGCAAUACGUGGGAGUGAAAGGCGUACUUCGUAAAAGCGACACCCCUUUUUGUUUGAUUCUGCACUUGGAGGGAUUCUGCAUUCCGAAGGAUCCAAACAUCCAACAAUGGGAGGUUGCUGUAAAUCGUGCAUCACGAGGAUACCGUACGCGACGCUGAUCGCGACGGUCAUGUGCCUUAUCGGAGUGGCCGUGUUUUGCGGCACGAUGUUCCGUGGCACCUCGUUGGCCAUCAUUAUGCUCGACCAGGUGUUCCAUCUGCGUCUGCCCUGGAUCGAAGCCGUCCAGAUCAUCUUCGUCGUGAUCGGUGCCUCGAUGGCAGCCCUCGGGUUGAUGAUACUGUUCGUCGGCUUCCUUGCCACCGGUGCCACCCGGCAUAAGGUGUACCGGGCUUGGGGUUCACGUGUCGGUGGACGCAUUUCGUGCGCCGUCUUCAUGGCCAUCUCGUACGUGCUCAACAUUGCCUGGAUACUGAUCCUGUGCUUCCUCGCGAUCGUGACGUUCGUUUUCACCGUGUUUUGGAACAUGUGCGCCAACCCGAACGUCCAGACGCAUCGAGAUUGCAUCGAUUUAACGCAAUUCUACUUUAUGUUCCCGGAUGGUGUCAGGCAGGAGGACAUGAAGAUCUGCGAGCCGGCUAAGGUGAAAGCGUUCUGCAAGGACGGUGUGGAAAAGUGCGAAAUCAUGUUUAUCCUCGCGACCGUCUCCUGUUUGCUCAUCAUACUCAGCUUCGUGCACUAUCUGAUGUGUCUGGCGGCCAACUACGCCCACAUCCGGGACCACGAGAAGUUCCAGGAGCUGCAGGAGAUCCAAAAUCUGACCGAGAUGGAGUACAGUGCCGCGUCGAAGGAUCGGUUCUAGGAUACGGCCCAGGAGAUCUACAUUGAGCACAGCACCUGAGGGUGGAUCCGGCCUCCCGGCAAGGCGGCCACAUCAUCCGCUUUACGAGCAGCUUACGUUUAAAUUUGCUCCACCACUGUGAGCAUCCUUACUACCCCUUUAUUUUCUUUGUCACGAAAUUUACAGUACAGUAGUUAGGAACACGUUCUACAUGCGUUCGAUCGCGCCUCGGUUGAGUUUAAACAAUCAGCAAUACAGCGAUGUUGACAAACGUACACUUAGGUGUAGGGAGUUACCUUCUAGUUUCAUCAUCCUUCCAAAGGAAACCAGAAUAACUUAUUUCAACCAACCGGUUGUGGUUGUGUUUCGCACCACGUUACGUUAUGCUCCAUUCCGUCCAAACGCAGCUCCGAGCUGCGUCAUGUCGAAUGUACGUGCACUCUUACGCCGCUUUCUUUACUUAGAGCCUUCAGCCCUUUCGGUUCUUCUUUUGCAGCCAAUUUAAACACAAGCUCACGUAGUAUGUUUGCCCAGUAUAGAUACUCCUGGAACCCAAUAGAACGACCCUAUAUAGCAUUUACCUUAACGACACAACGAUAAACGACUCAAACAAACGAACGAAACAUUACUAUCGCACGGUGGAGACAACUCGCGAUCGUUGUUUUUUCUUGAAGGUGGAGAAACAAAUCAAUAAGUCUGACGAGAUAACAAUAAGCAUCAAACAUGUUUUUUGCACAAAACCAACCGGAAGCGGAUAAGAAAAAAUAGUGUUUCUAGACGAUGCACAAACGGAAGUGUUGGGCAGGGAAAAUGAAUUGUAAUUAUUGUUGGAUUCAAUGCAACUGCAGAAAGAGGUAGCAAAAUUAGCAAGGUAAAAGCUCAUUCAAACAUAUCGAUUCAGGAAACAAAACCACACACUUUUUUGUGUUCGUGGUACAAUUUGGUAAUAGAACAACUGCGCACUUGUAGAUUAACCCGGACCUUCAUCUUGACAAUGGAAAUAGUACUUUUACAGAAGCUCAUGACAAAAGAUAUAGAAUCUUAGUAGAAAACCCGCAAAAGAAAUCCCAGCAUUCAUACCUCUAAAGCGAUAGUACAUUCCAGUGUGAUAAUGUAAGGAAAAAGAAGCUGAAAUAGUAUAACAGAACAGAAGCAGAAGCAGAAACGCACAAAAGAAAACUAUAAAAGAACGAUAGAGCGUGUAACUUGCAUCGAAAAUGUUGAAGGAGUAUAUUUUUAUAUGACACCAUGAGCACGUUGGAAUAUGAAACUGUGCAUGUAUUUUUCAUAGUUUGUUCUUGUGUAAGCUUGAACCAAUAUGUAGGGCCAGGACUGCGAUCUCCUCAAGUUAUAUUAAUGAUCAUAAGGAAUAUUGCCGGACGGAAAGCCAACCGUUUUCAAACGUGGCGCACAAAAUCGUGGUUUCAUGUGAGCCUCCGUGGCAAAAGUAAUAUUUAAAAAUUAAAAACGAAUUGAAAGACAGAGCAUCGUUGAAGGAAAAUCACACCCAAGCAGAAAGGCGCACGGUAUCGCCUACAGAAAAUAAAAGGACGGUGUUUCCCGUUCUUGUGAUUCACUUUUUGUAGCUUUUUACACACCGCUUGUCCUACGUUGGACAUUUUCCGUUGCUAAAGCUCAGUAUUGUCUGCGGACCUAUUUAUACAUUACAAAAAAAAACGCGCGUAUAUAACUACAUGUAACAGAAUAUUUACAAACACUAUUCACAGCUAGUUAAACUAUUACACAUUCCUGAUGGCGUAUGAUGCGAGAAGACGUGCUCGAUUAUCGCAAGUGCCGAUGAUCGUGUUUUGUGCCGAAAACUAUGCCCAAACAAUCACUUUUUUCCUUCAUUGAAUAAGUGUGUUCAGUAUAAAUAAUCGUCGUUCGUAUUCCAUUUCCUCGUUGAUGUCUCUCAUUCUCUACUCAACCUAUUCAACUGAUGUUGCAUCUUCAUUACAUUAAAAAUUCCCUCAAUCCCUUUUCUACCUAUGCUACGGACAUCACUUGAUUCGUUUUUAUAAUAAAACAGAAUUUAAAAAAUUCAUAUUAAAAAAAAUUACAUCCUUUCGACUGUAGUGCAUAGGAAUAAAAUGUUCAACAAGUAGUUCAGUUAGUUAGUUUUAGUAUUGCACCGGCAAUUUAAUUUAGCAAAACAUAAUGUUGGUGGACGAAAGUUUUUUUUUCUUAUAAAAAGAUGUUUGAAACAAUCAAUUAUGCCACAAAAAAGAAGAUCCUUCGGAACAAUCGCAAAACGGUUUCCAGUUUCGGGAAACGAUGAACACGAUGUUCUUUCUUUUUCUUUGCUAUAUUGUUUACAU